AUGGCUUCGAAGACCAUCAUCACCGAUUUACUACCAACGUCUCGACGGGCCAAAGGGCAGGCAGUCCGACGACAGCGGUCAAGGCUGCUCAAUGGAGUUCGAGAAGAUACUUGCAAGACCAAUACCAGUUCUCAAGGCUCUGAGCAAGUCAACAUUCACGAGCAUCCUUCUACGGUCUGUGCUAGUAAAACUGUGUCUAGCCAAUCCAAUCAUAUGCAGGUUUCGACUAAAGAUUCCCAAGAUUGCUCGGAUGACCAGUCUUCUGCAGGUACUCGACAAGGCAUCCAGUCUGAUGGUGAAGUUCGCGAUACCAGUGGUUCAAAAGGCCACUCUUCCAUGCGCUUGAAGCAGUAUCGGAUUGACAAAGGGGAUGGAAACUCAGCCCUCCUUACAGUAAGCGAUCUUCGCUUCUUGGCCAACUCAUAUCCGAAAGAGGAAACGCAGCAUCCGUCUCACAUAAACCCGGAAAUCUUAACGAAAGAUGACAACCUGCAACGCGAUACACCUAACAUAUUUCCUCCUAUCGAGUGUCAGAAGGUUUUCCAUGAUGAGACUCUCCUCGAGACAGAUAACAUUCGUGGCCUCAAGGUCGUCCAGCCAGCACCCAUAACAGGAAGUCUGUAUAUGUAUAGGGGUCUCUACGGGGACUGGCUGUGUGGGCGUUGCGGAAUGCCUGUUUACUGCGAGGAUGACGAGACCUGCUAUUUCGCUGGCUUUGCCUUCUUUUUGGCACGCUAUCCCCGCCGCUUCACGUAUGAUUACGGACGGAAAUACGACGCGCACACGUGUUGGAUGCGGCAGGUGUAUAUUGAGAAAAGGUUCAAUGUAUGA